AUGUCACAACCAUUUUCCAAGAUGGGCGUUGUAGGCGCAGGAUCCAUGGGCUCUAAUCUGGCUAUGCUCUUCACCGAAAACGGCCUUCAAGUGUCCAUCUUCGACGUCAAACCCGAAAAUAUAGACGCUCUUCCGACCGUCUUCGAAGGCGGGCUCGACGCGAAAUACCGCGACUGCAUCACUUUGUUCAAAGAGUAUAAGCCCUUCAUGGAGAGCCUCGGUGGCACUGGCAUGCCCAAGCUCCUCGUGUUCAGCAUCCCCCACGGUAGCGCGGCCGACAAGAUCAUCGAGGACAUCCGCGACCACCUCGCCGAGGGAGACAUCAUCCUUGAUGGAGGCAACGAGUGGUAUUUAAAUGCUGAGCGUCGUCAAAAAUACCUUCAGCCCCAUGGCGUCUCGUAUAUCUCCAUGGGUGUUUCGGGAGGAUACCAGUCUGCUCGUCGUGGUCCUUCCAUUUCACCUAGUGGGGACAAGAGGGCACUUGAUUCAGUCAUGCCAUUGCUAGAAAAAUUUGCCGCGAAGGAUCCAAAGACGGGACUGCCAUGCGUUGUGAAUUUGGGACCGGCCGGUUGUGGACACUAUGUGAAGAUGAUCCACAAUGGUAUCGAACAGGGUAUUCUAGGUAUUGUCAAUGAAGCCUGGGAGUUGAUGUACAAAUGCCUCAACAUCGAUUUGGAUACUAUUUCCAAAAUUUUCAUGGAAUGGGGCUCUGAAGGCGAACUGAAACGUAAUUUCUUGAUCAAUAUUGGAGCAGAAAUCUGUGGACGUCACCACCCGAACAAUCAUCCGAGUCACGUCCUGAACGAGGUGCAGGACAAGGUCGUACAAGAUGCUGAUGAGACGGAAGGGACCGGAAUAUGGUCCGUUAUGGAAGCAACAAAACGUCAUGUCUCUGCACCUACUAUAGCCAGCGCCCAUUUUUUUCGCAUUGCGUCUGCGGAUCGGGCCCAGAGGCUUUCUGUUGUUGAUAAUCUUGGGGAAUCCCUCGGUGCAGCCAGGAAACAACAAGUCGAUGAGGUGUUCUGUAAAGCAUUUGUGGAAGAUCUCCGCCUCGCCGUAUAUUGCGCAUGCCUGGCGUCGUUCGCCCAAGGGCUCAAUUUGAUUGCUCGUGCUAGCGCGGAUGAAGGCUGGGGUGUGGACCUCGCGAGUUGCAUCCGCAUCUGGCGAGAGGGGUGUAUCAUUCGUUCCGAAUACAUCGCUGACCUCCUGCAGCCGCUUCUCGAGAAGGAGUGCAAGCUGACCAAUAUACUCACACUAAGGCCUGUCGGAGAGGAGGUCCGGCGUACGUUGCCGGCACUGAAGAAGGUGGUUGUCACAGCGAUCGAAUGGAACGCACACAUUCCUGCGUUGAGUGCCAGUCUUGAGUACUACAAGUAUUGCGCCGGAAAGCACCUGCCAAGCCAGUUCAUGGAAGCAGAGAUGGACUACUUUGGCGCGCACUCGUACGAUCUGAAGUGCGAUGGGCCGGGUGAGGUCAAAAAAGGACAACACCACUUUGAGUGGAAGCCGGCGUAA